CUUGCAAGCGUUCUUGCCUGCUAAAUCUUGCUGCCCUGCCUCCCCGCUACCUCUACCUCGAACCAUCCUGAAUUCUAUGAUCUGCAACUCGAAAAUUACUCUACUCUUCAUCUAAGUACUAAGCUCGGCUAGGCGGCAAAGAUGGAUAGCACCGCGGGGAUGGGCGACCCUCUCGCGACCAACCUUCGGAGACAAACCAAGGUCCUCCUGGCUCAGAUGCCGGAGGAUUCACACCACGCACACGCACUUAAAAACGCAUCUACUAGAACUGACUUGCUGAACACCCUCGCAUAUCUUCUCUCGCUACCUGCAUACACGAAUGCUGUAGCUGUCGCUUUUCGCCCCAUUCUCCUUGACUUAUGCGCGAGGUGGCUACAUGACCAGGAGAACGAGCUGGCGAGGUUCGAGGCCCUGUGCCUUUUGCUGGAGAUUCAAACAGAGAUCUACCCCGUAUUGGCGGCAUUCCUCCGCCAUCCAAAUCGACAAAAAGGACCAUUGGCAUAUGUAACACAAGCGCAGGAUGUGAGCGGACUCGAUGCAAGCAUCCUGCAUCGCCAACUACUUGCGUACUACCGCAUCCUUCAAGCCAACCGCGACCUACCCGAACAAUUCGUUUGGCCCAUUGCCCCUCUCUCAAAACUCAUCUACACCCCGCAUCCCGACAAUGGAGUUAAAUCCCUUGCCAUCCGAUGUCUAGCAUUGCAGACAGGCAUGAUGGAGGGCAAGCGUGAGGAGCUGGAGCUAGAAUCUAUCGGGAGCGUCGCCGAGGUGGAUUGUACUAUUGGGUAUGGCGCGAAGCUGGACGGAAACGUGGUGAUGAUGGACGGCUGGGUUAUGCCGGCCAUAGAGGCAAAACGAAUAACAAGCGCGAGGAGCGCGAUACUCCAGCCUCAGGAUUACUUCUCAAGAGACGAGAAUGAGACUCAUGAGCCUAUUCAUCCGGCAGAAAUGAGUCCCUUUAUAACGAACGUGCACGGUGUGCUGAUGCUUCGCUCGACGCCAAUAGCGUCGCAACCUCCAACUCUAUUCGUAGAAACACCGUCCGCUGUGCACUCACUCAGGACGCUCGCUUUGCACCACUCCCUCCGCGUUCCUACACUCCUCACCUCAGCACCCUCGUCCGGGAAAUCAUUAUUACUCUCCCAGCUCGCCUCAAUUUUGCACCCGGACGCGCACAACCAAAUUAUAACUAUUCAUCUCGCAGACACGUCGCUUGACCCCCGGUCUCUCCUUGGCUCGUAUGUAUCCUCCCCAACCAAUCCAGGUACAUUCGAAUGGAAGGAAGGCGUGCUCGUACGCGCCAUGCGCGAGGGCAAGUGGGUCGUCUUCGCGGACAUCGAUCGAGCGAGUGCAGAGGUUCUGGGUGUAAUCAAGUCGCUUGUCGAGUCUCUUGGUCUCGAUAAGUGGGUCGGUGGACGCGCGAUGCUCAACGUGCCGAACCGUGGGACUGUCGUAGCGGAGGAGAACUUCGCUAUCUAUGCCACCCGGUCAAUCCCUCUGUCAAGGAGCGGCGCUUUCACGUCGCCUACAUUUUUUGGCGCCCAUAGGUUCCACGAGAUCGUCGUGCCCGCUCCGAGUGCUGAAGACUUGCGCUUAAUCGUGGAAACAAAGUUCCGGAGACUGGCGGGCGCUGCGGCAGUGGGCUUGAUCCGUCUGUGGGAGGCGGUUAAAGCACUUGGUACCGCGUCCUCGCUACGAGACGUCGGGCUUCGAGAGUUGGACAAGCUAUGCACUCGUGUCGAACAUGUCAUUCCCGCCUCGCAGCAAGCGAUGGAUAUCGAUCUCUCCGAACGACUUCUGACACUCCCCGCCGUGUUCCCGAAUCCCACUGUGCGCGAGGACAUAUAUCUCGAGGCUCGGGACGUCUUCUUCGGUGCGGGUGCGACUACUGCGGCCGCUCGCACUCACCUGGAAGCUGUCGCCACCAUAGUCGCGGAGCACCUAGCAAUCUCUCCAGACCGGCGAGACUGGCUCUUGCACGCCCGGACGCCGGAAUUUGACAUCGAGAGGGACGUGAACGGACGGACCACCGCCGUCCGAGUCGGCUCAAUACGUCUUCGUGCACGGAUACUCAAGUCGGCCAUCACAUCUCCGACCACGCGUCCUUUUGCCAUGCACAAGCCCGCUGUGCAGCUACUUAACCGUAUUGCCACCUCCGUCUCCUUGAAUGAGCCUGUCCUCCUCACAGGAGAGACAGGUACAGGCAAGACGAGCGCUGUCACGCACCUCGCUGCGCUACUGAAUCGGUCGCUCGUCUCGCUUAACCUCUCCAACCAGACGGAGUCGUCUGACUUAGUUGGUGGCUUCAAACCCGUCGACGCCAGGAUUCCCGGUAUGGAGCUCUUGGAACGUUUCGGGGAGCUCUUCGCAGGGACGUUCAGCAGGAAGAAGAACGCAAGGUUCGAGGAGUCGGUAAGGAGGGCGGUACAAGAGGGUAAAUGGAAACGCGCAGUCGGGCUGUGGAGGGAGGCGAUCAGAAUGGCGCAGGAGAAGAUUCAGGAAAGAGUGACCGAUGAUGUGGGGUCUCAGCCUCCUCGGGAUGGAGAGACGCCCAGAAAGCGUCGUAAGCUGGAACACGAUUUGAACGCUUCGGCUGCUGCCUGGGAGGCAUUCGAGCAAGAUCUGCAGACGUUUGAGGUUCAACACGUUCAGGGGAAGAGUAGAUUCGCCUUCGCUUUCGUAGAGGGCCUACUUGUCAAGGCUUUGCGCUCGGGGGAUUGGAUUCUACUGGAUGAGAUCAACCUUGCAUCACCCGAGACACUUGAAUGUAUAUCGUCUCUUCUUCACAGCCCUACGGCGUCGAUCACAUUGACGGAACAAGGCUCGCUGGAGCCGGUCCCUCGUCACCCGGAUUUUCGUUUGUUUGCAUGCAUGAACCCCGCGACGGAUGUAGGAAAGAGAGACCUCCCGCCAAACAUACGCUCCCGAUUCACAGAAAUUGACGUCCCUCCCCCUGACGCGGAUAAGGAGACAUUGCUCAGCAUCGUCGACCAAUACAUCGGGAGAUGUGCUGUGGGCGAUCGUGGUGCAAUCCUAGACGUCGCCGAGUUUUACUUGGCUGUCAAGCAGCUUGCUGAUGCACGCAAGAUCUCCGAUGGGUCGAAUCACCGUCCGCAUUUUAGCAUGCGUACGCUAGCCCGUGCAUUGACGUUCGCCGCGGACAUGGCGAGUGUCUUUUCCUUACGGCGCGCGCUCUGGGAGGGGUGUCUCAUGACCUUCACCAUGGUCCUGGAUGAACCCAGUGCAGCUGCCGUAAUUAUACUUGCUCAGCGUCACUUGCUCUCAGGUGUCCGCAAUCCCAAGUCCUUGCUCUCCCGUGAACCUAAUCCUCCCCAACCCAUCGACAGCUAUCUGAAGAUUGGCCCAUUCUAUCUCGAGCGGGGACCUCUUCCUGAGGAUCCCGUCGAGAGCUACAUCAUGACGCCGUCUGUGGAGAAGAAACUUGUUGACCUCGCACGUAUCAUAUCCGCCAAACGAUUUCCAGUCUUGAUCGAAGGCCCGACUUCAGCUGGUAAGACGAGUUCCAUCGAAUAUUUGGCGAGGCGGACUGGCCACCGAUUCGUCAGAAUCAACAAUCACGAGCAUACCGACAUCCAGGAGUACCUUGGCUCGUACGUCUCAGAUGCGGCAACGGGCAAGCUGGUCUUCCAAGACGGAUUGUUAGUCAGGGCCCUCCGCAAUGGCGACUGGAUCGUCUUGGACGAACUCAACUUGGCUCCUACUGAUGUCCUCGAGGCCCUGAACCGUCUACUCGACGACAACCGGGAGCUGGUCAUCCCAGAGACCCAAGAAGUAAUCCGCCCGCACCCACACUUCAUGCUUUUUGCGACUCAGAAUCCUCCCGGCCUCUACGCCGGCAGAAAAAUGUUGUCCCGGGCUUUCCGCAAUCGAUUCCUCGAGGUCCAUUUCGAUGACGUGCCACAGGCAGAACUGGAACCAUUCUCUGCCAGCGAUGUCGCAUCGCUCCCUCGUACGGCCAGCGAAUCGUCGGCGUGUUCCGAGAGCUGCAGAAGCGACGGCAGUCGUCACGCGUCUUCGAGAGCAAGCAUGGACUAUCAAGAGCUUGCAGAGAAUGGCUACAUGCUGUUGGCCGAACGCGCUCGCCGGGAGGACGACAAGGCCGUGGUUAAGGAAGUUAUCGAGUCCAUCAUGAAAGUCCGGAUAGACGCCUCAAAGAUGUACGACAUGCAUAGCAGAGGACAAGAGCUGGAGAAUUUCUUGGGGUGUUCCAUCCCUUCUAGGCCGUCUCUUGUGUGGACGUCAACCAUGCAACGGCUUUUCAUCCUUGUCGCUCGAGCGCUGCGCUUUAAUGAGCCCGUCUUGCUAGUGGGUGAGACCGGAUGUGGGAAGACCUCCGUGUGUCAACUGUACGCGGAGGUAGUCUCGAAGGCGUUGCGCACGCUGAAUUGCCACCAGAAUACGGAGACCGCCGACCUCAUAGGAGGGCUAAGACCCAUUCGAAACCGGACUGCGCUAGAGUCUGAGACUCUCUUGGAGGUCUCGGCAGUCUUGCGUGAACUGGGCGUGCCAAACCCAGAACAGGAUCGGAAGUCCCUUGCCAUAGCAAUCGAGGGUCUGCUCAAGGGCGGCGCUCUGCAUAGCGCCCAGAUGGCUUCCCUACAACAGGCAAAGGCGAAACUGGAACGGCUUUCCGCGAUGUUCGAAUGGAGAGAUGGACCUCUUGUCCAAGCAAUGCGUCAUGGAGAGGUGUUUCUUCUCGACGAAAUCUCUUUGGCCGAUGAUUCUGUUCUAGAACGGAUCAACAGCGUACUGGAACCUGAGCGCAGUAUCGUUCUCGCCGAACGAGGAGGCGAUUCUACUGAGCUCCCAUUGCUCGUAGCUGAUGAUGACUUCAAACUUGUGGCUACGAUGAAUCCGGGUGGCGACUAUGGCAAGAAGGAGCUGUCUCCAGCGCUGAGAAACAGAUUUACCGAAAUAUGGGUGCCUCCACUGACCGACAGGCAUGACUUCGAAUCUAUUAUCGAUAGCCUGUGGCAAGAUCAGAUCCUUCGAACGUACACGGCGCCUAUCUUGGACUUCGUUGAAUGGUUACGUCUCCGGGCAAACGAUCAGUCGAUCAGCGGUAUUCGAGACAUCCUAAGCUGGGUCCAUUUCACUAAUGCAGUAUAUACUUCAAGCCAUGGCGCCAUCCCCCCUAAUGAGAUAUUCCAUCAUGCAGCGCAAAUGGCAUUUUUGGAUGGCCUUGGGUCAUUACCACAAUUCUCGUCAUACUCCCGCGACGCCUUCGUACAGCUGUGCUUGGAUGCGUCGUCCAGGUUAUGUGAACUUGUUCCCGUCCCUGAAGGGAAAUUGGACAAUGCAAUGGCCUCUGACCCUGCGGCCGAUGUUCAGCUAGGGUUCUUUUCACUUCCGCGAGGCCCGAAGGAAUGUGUUCCUCACAAUUUCAACCUUCAAGCCCCCACUACUCGAGAUAACGUCAUGCGAGUUGUCAGAGCUUGCCAGCUUUCCAAACCGGUCCUUUUGGAGGGCAGCCCAGGCGUCGGGAAAACGAGCCUUGUCACUGCUCUUGCCAACCUUUGCGGACAUCAACUCUGUCGCAUCAACCUAUCCGACCAAACUGAUAUAGUGGACCUAUUUGGUUCGGACUUACCAGUCGAAGGCGGAGAGCCCGGGCAGUUUGCUUGGAAGGACGCCGAAUUCCUUCGUGCGCUGCAGGAGGGGCAUUGGGUACUGCUCGACGAGAUGAACUUGGCGCCUCAAGCGAUCCUGGAAGGUCUAAAUGCAGUCUUGGACCAUCGUGGUACAGUCUACAUUCCGGAACUGGGUCGAUCGUUUGCGCGUCACCCCUCGUUUCGUAUCUUUGCUGCGCAAAACCCGCUGAGUCAAGGUGGCGGUCGCAAGGGCUUGCCUAAGUCAUUCGUCAAUCGGUUCACCAAAGUCUACGUCCAAGAAUUGACGCCGUCCGAUCUCCUCCUGAUAUGUCGGCACAUCUUCCCAAAUCACCCCGAAGAGUCUUUGCGCGCGAUGAUCAGCUAUACGACUCGACUCAGCGAGGAUGUAGCAAUCAGGCGGGAGUUCGGCCGCCAGGGUGGCCCCUGGGAAUUCAAUCUUCGUGAUGUUAUCCGCUGGGCGACGUUACUCAAGCAAGCCGGGCCGCAGGCUCAUCCUUCAGACUUCCUCCUCCCAGUGUUCCUUGAGCGUUUCAGGAGCACCGCCGAUAGGGAUCAUGCUCGCAAGCUGUUCCAAACCUUCUUCUCGGAAAUGCCACUCGAAAACAAUCAUCACAUCUUGGUGACUGCAUCACAUCUACAGCUAGGCUACUCAUUGCUGGCUCGAGAUGGACUGUGUUGCGGCCGUCGUCCCGGGCAGGUGCUCCAAGCGAGGCACGCCACCUUGGAAACCUUAGGCGCCUGUAUCGCCAACGGAUGGCUGACCAUCCUGACAGGAGAUCGGGGCAUUGGUAAGACAAGCAUCGUCCGCCUAGCAGCAUACCUCUGCGGAAAGGUCCUCCACGAGUUGCAGAUCAACAGUGCCACUGAUUCCUCCGACAUCUUGGGGAGCUUCGAAGAGGUGGACUCCACGCGGCGCUGCAUAGACUUGCUCCAACAAGUCAGCGCCUUCUUGGCCGAAGCAACAUCUUCUGCGGCAUUGUCGCUUGUACGGAUAGCUGAACAGCGCGAUGUGGUGUACAGCACACUUGCCGCCGUCAAUCCUACGGCUGCCGCCAUCCAAAGCGCAUUGCAGGCUGCCUCUGUCGCACUGAAUGCACUAGGGACACUACCGGAGCCGUGGUGCGCGAAGCGAAACAUCCUAUGCACGCAGCUGGAUGCUUGCCUUGCGAGCACGAGUCGCGGGGGAACGCUGGAGUGGGUGGAUGGUCCUAUAGUACGCGCACUGCAGGAGGGCCACUGGGUUCUGUUAGACGGUGCCAAUCUGUGCAACCCUUCCGUUUUAGAUCGCCUCAACUCGCUCUGUGAACUAGGUGGAUCCUUGACGCUCAACGAGAGAGGACAGGUCAAUGGUGCGGUGCACGUCGUCGAACCACAUCCUAAUUUCAGGCUGUUCAUGUCCGUCGAUCCCCAAUACGGAGAGUUGUCCCGCGCGAUGCGUAACAGAGGCCUCGAAAUUUCUCUCGUGGAGGUUCUGACCUCCGAGGAUCGCAAGAGAGUGUUGGAUCACCUACACCUACCUGUCAAUCUUGGGCAGCAAGAGGUCAAGACAGCCUCCUUGGCAUACGAAGCCUGUAGGCGGGGGUUGUCGCAGACGGAGUCAGCAACUAUCGCCGAUGAAUGGCCUAAUAGCCAGCUGUUAGGUGCCGAUUGUCCUUCUGCGUCUAACGCUCAAAUAGCGCCUUCCAUGGGAUUAUCACAAGUUCAUGUCCAUGACACCGUCCUACGCUCAGUAUCUCAUUUUGUCGCGGCUAGCAUGGCGCCCCUAUACUCCGAGCAUCUCUCCCGAUUCAUCAGGGUGCACAUGUCGCAUAGCCAGGAACCACACCUGGCAGAGCUCGUGCAUAUUGUGGAAGCGACUUCGCAUAGUCAUAUCUCGCGACUAUUAUGUGAAAAGAAAGGGCAGUGGGAUAUGGCCGUCAAGAGGACAACGCGCGCCAUCCUCGCACAGCCACUUGGUACGCUGAAGCCUCCGACACAUAACGCAGCAAUGGGUCGUGGGGUUGAAUCCGACAUCGAAAAUGCCAUUCAUCAACUGCGUUUGCUCGUUUCUGUGGAACUGGACCACGACAUCAAGAUGGUCCCGCUCGAAGACGAGUUCGAUUUCAGAAUGCCGGAGAGGCGUGGCCGCUCAGAUGCUCGACGAAUGCACGCCGUCCGUGCCGCGCAGUCGCUCGUUGAAUCCAUAAGACACGGGGCGCGCACAUUACUGGACAGCAUCAAUAUCGAGAACGUAGCACGAACUACGGAAGCCGGGGUCAUGACACAGCUUGUGACUUACAGUCGCCACUUACGCACCAUCAUUCGCCGAAGCCCUUUGGAUUACUCAGCCCUGCAAGUGUUCGUGAAGUGGGUCGUCCAGGCUUCAGCCGUACCAUCAGUCACCUUCAACGGCAUACACUCUUGCGCGCAGCUUCUCGAAGGAAUUGUUUCUCUUACGUCCGGUUUGCUUCUGGUCGAACUCUGGACUUCACUGGCACCCUUGGAGACGUCAGCUGCCUCCAAACGACAAGUUGACCGACUGGCUCUUACGGGGCGUCGGCUACUGUUCUCGUCGAAUAAUGCGACUGAGCCCGACAACCUUGAAACAGCAGGCUUCACUGACCCAUCGCCUCGAAUCUUGGAACUCAUGUCGCUCUGGACUUUGCCACAAACCAGGUCCACCCUCGAUGACCAGAAUCUCACACACGUAACUGAGUCAAUCGUUCAGAAUCCCUCCGAGAACGAUCGACACAACUACAGCAUUGAUGCCCGCCAACUCGACGACAUCAGCCUGAAUCUUGAGCUGACAAUUCUGUCACGCUCAAAUGCGGGGAUGGUUUCUGAGGAUCUGGAUGAAUUCCUUGAAUUUGGUUGCCGGUCCCUGCCACUGCCUAGGUUGAUACCGUACCAGCAAAUCAAAUGGGCCGUCAAUACGCGGAAAGCUCUCCCCGUCCUGAUCAUGAGAGCGCAGAAGCAAUGGUUUGCAGGCGUCUGGGAAGUGUGUGGUUCAUCUGAGGCGACCGAUCCGCGCACCUUUGUCUUCCCAGUGGAGUUGCAUGACACGAUAUUGACUUGCGCUCCGAAGGAGCAACAUCUGAAUGACCUACAAGAACACGAGCUGGUCCUGCGACGUCGACUGCAGACAUAUUGUUUGCGUGCGUUCGGGCAUGCUCCCCCUCGUACUGCCCAACUCGCCAUGAUGCUCGCGCAGACCGUAUUCACGGUAUUGAGGUGCACGGCAACGCUGUCCGACAGUGAGGAUGCCUCCACAGAACGCCUCCCGUCAGCUCCACCACGUUGUAGCGCAUCGAUCUCGGACGCCGUUGAAAUCCUCGGAAGAGACGAACGUCCUGGUCUGGAACCCUUGAAGCAGCAAUUGCUUCCGAUGCUUCAGCAGCUGAUCAGUACACCGACUAGCGAACCUUCGCUGUUGGGACGCUGCUGGAUUGCACUCGCCAAGGCUUUGUUGCAAAUGUAUGUCCCUGAUGCACCCGUCGAUCCAGCAGCAAUGCAGAGAUGCGCGGCCGACUUCUGGAGUGAAGAGAAAGCUUUCGUUUCUCGACAACUCGACCUACAUGUCGAAUACGAACGGCGCACAAGCGGGUUGCGAGAUAGCGACACCAUCCAAUACCUGCGUCGGCUACUCGCUAUCGUGGAGCGUAGUACCUUGGUGAACACCGAGUACCAAUGUCCGAAGCGAGACGACGUCGCGCGGCUCCAUUCGUUCUGGACAGAAACCACGCAGCUCAUGACACAAGUCCUGCCGUCGUCCAAGCUCGAAACCCUAAUGAUGGACCUGAAGGCUCAAGCCCCCCAUGCGAUGACCCGUGAAGUUGUAAUCCAGGAGUCUUUGAGCGCGUUCAAUCAGCGCCUAGACACCAUCUACCCAGAUUUCGUCGACAUCAGCGGUCCUAUCCAACUGGCCCUGCUGUACAUGAAGUUGGGCAUUCAUUUGGUUGCUGUCAGCUCAAGAGGCAUGGGAUUCACGGACCAACAAUAUGCAACCGCCACUCGCGCUGCCCUUGCUUUCCCGUCAGUGAAGAGCGCCGAACUCUUGCGGCAGGUCGAGGUCCCACGAUCGUCGUCGACAACUGCAGUCGAACCUUCUCUGGCCAUCAUCGCUGGAGUAAUCCUUGAUGUCGCACUAGGCUCCGACUUACAACCCUUUUGGAGGCUGACGGAGGCAAUCUUCGAGCAGAUCUUCGGUCUUUGGGCCGUCGGGAGGUCCAGAAACGAACAGGCGGAGCGCGAGUCACAGUCUCUCUAUCGCCACCAGAACGAUGCACUUACAGAAGCCAACCUGGAGGAAGAAGACUUCUUGUCCUUAUUCCCUCAGUACGAGGAUGUACUCGAAGACAAUCUGGCUGCACCCAGCACAUCUAUGCAUGCGAAGCGAUCCCCGCUGCUCAAUUCAGCACAGAUCGUUGCGCUAGGGAGUCUCCACAAGCAUCUCUUCACUGAAGGUCUCAGCACGCAGUCCGCCUUGGACUACUUCAUGUCACUGCGGCGAACAACCGUGGUGUCGCUCAUUAGCCAAAGAAUGGAGGCAAUGCCAGACAAGCUCGACCAGGAGAGCAGAGCGUAUCAACUUUCGUUGCUCCACGAGGCCAUCGCUAGCUUCGACAGCGCCCAUGCAAAGGGCGCGACAUACAACUUCUAUAUAGAUGCAAAUUUCCCCCAGAGCAAGAGGGCUGUUACGGCACUGAGGGCUCUUCAGGGUCGGCUCGCAGCCUUGAUACAAGAUUGGCCCGAUCAGAUGGUGUUGCAACAUCUGCAGAGUCGCUGUCAAGCCAUCCUACGGCUCGACCUGUCUAGCCCGGUCGCGAAGAUCCUUUCUGCACUAGAGCAGCUCGUCAUGCACAUCGAAGAUUGGGAGAUGUACGCGAACCGCGAAAACACCUUGAAGACGUACCAACAGACCUUGACCGGUCUCAUUGUUGAGUGGCGUCGUUUGGAAUUGUCUUCCUGGCAGGGGUUGCUGCAGUCGCAGGCUACAAAUUUCGCAGAGGGUGUUUUUGAUUGGUGGUUCCGACUAUACGAGGCGACGGUCCGCGGCGUGAUGUCUGCCUCUGCAGAGGAAGCGAACGGGCAAGAUGGUGCAGUGCUGCAUUAUCUGGAUGGUCUGAUGCCCCUCCUGGACGAGUUCAUCAUUGCCGCCCCCAUUGGCCAGUAUGAAGCACGUCUGGACAUGCUGCACGCUUUCAGUCGACACGUGGAUUACGUCGCCAGUGGCAAGUCGGACGAUCACAAGCAAAUCUUCAAUCGCGUCCAUAGAAUCUUGCGGUCAACGUGGCGGUAUUACACCCAAUUUGCUCACCAUGUGCGUGGAACCCUGUCGUGCCGACAAGCAGAGCUAGAGAAGGAAGUUCGUGACUACAUCAAACUGGCGAGCUGGAAAGACGUCAAUGUGCACGCACUGAAGCAAAGCGCUCAGAAGUCGCACAAACAGCUCUACAAGGUUAUUCGAAAGUUCCGCGAUGUCCUUAGACAGCCAGUACAGGAUUACCUGAAGACUCCGUCCGAAGACAUUCGGGAGCUGCAAACGCCUCGCGAGCAAGCAUAUUCGCCCACUGCGGACGACGUUGACAUACCGACUUUCCCGCCGGCCGCGGACCUACCGCUGUACCUCGCAAACCUGAAUACAACAUACAGGAACUUCAGAGGCCAUGUCUCAAGCCGUGUGGCGACCGUCAUCGCAUCUAUACCCGUCGAGGGAUUGGAUGAGCUAGCCAAGGAAGCCAUCGUCACGUCGGCAGCUUUGGCGAAGUCGUCGCCUCCAUCACACAUGCAGUCUGCGCAACGUGUCAAGUUCCUUAAAUCAUUGCGUAGUCGAAAGAGAAGGGCCUGGAGCGAUCUGUUGAAAGAGCUCAAGAAGAUUGGAUUGUCGGUCAAUGUCAAGCCGGAGUUGCUAGAGCAGCUACGUAACCUCCGCUGGCUCCGGGAACAGGAGGUCUUGGCGUUCCCGGGACACUGCGAGCAAGACGCAAGACGGGCUGACGACUACUUUGGGCUACGAGAGAGCUGCAACGAGGCAUCACAUUACUGGAGUCUGGAUUCGCGAUGGCUAUUGACAAUCGCCGCAGGCAACAUUGCCAAAACAACUGUAUCCUUCGAACGGCUCCACGACAUCGCUGUUCGGCUGCAAACGUUUACCUCUGCUGCCGUUACUCGGUCUGAGUUCACCGCAGAGCAGAUCACAAACCUGAAGGACUAUAUGUGCCGACUCGUUCAUGCGCUCGAAGAGAUGCUCCUCCGUCUUCGAGAGCAUAACGGAUUGCGACCUGGGAUCAUCGUUGCCCAGGAAAUGCUCGAUGAGAUGCAGCUACUGGUCGCGUCGUCGCGAGAACAUGCGAUGCGCCUCUCUGAGCUAGUCCGAAAGGUGAAACUAGUACCCAACGUUGUUCUAUCGACAGAUGAGUUUGAGGUCGUGAACAGUGCAUCGAAACAUCUGCGUGCCGUUGGCGAUGCUCUGCAAGGCUGGUUCGAGGGUCCAAUCAUUGUUCGUUACUUCGCGGAGCCCAUUCACAGUUGGCUCAUGGACUUGGGGAUCACGGACCCAUCGUCCGUUGGGAUUAAGACGACCAGUACCGAUAACACGGGUGUGCUGAUCAGCGCCCUGUUGCUCAGUAUCCAAGCUCUUCACUCGUUAUGCCCUCCGACAGACAAAGCGCCCGAGCCAACCGCAGACUCAUUCGUGCACGCGAAUACCCGCCUUGCUGCGCAAAUCACAAUGGCCCUCAAUAUUGAUGGGAUACUCGAGCAGUCAAGAAGCGUCCUAACUUCACUAGGCAGUUACCCCGCAGAAGACUCACAGCAGAGAGCCAGGAGAGUACUGCCUUUCUUGACGAGCUAUAUGGAGCUGGCUCGGCACCAUCUCGACCGCCUGACGAAUUGGACGGCCGCGCUAUUCAAACUCGACUACGUGGUCUGCUCUAUCAUGCUGACACUCGCCAAAGACGGUUUCUGUCAGCCACCAGAAGCGGAGGAUAACGGUGAAGGCGCGGAAGGCACAGAACUACAGACCGAUGGCACUGGGCUUGGUGAAGGCGCUGGAGCAGAGAAUGUCAGCAAGGACAUACAGGACGAGAGUCAGGUUGAGGGUCUGCAGGGCGAGGAAGAAGGGGCUGAUGAACAGGUAGAGCGAGCGGAGGAGGGCAAUGCCCUUGAGAUGAGUGAAGACUUCGAAGGUCAGAUGCAGGACGCUCCAGAAGGCGAGGACGAAGGCGAAGGAGAAGAUGGAGAGAGUGAUGCUGAACCCGAGGAACAGAUAGGUGAUCUGGACGCGUUGGAUCCAUCAGCCAUCGACGAAAAACUCUGGGGCGACGAAGCGGGUCCACAGGAUACCCAGCAAGACGGAGGUAGCAAUCAAGACGAUCGUUCCUCCCAUAAGCAGGACGCGGAGAUGGUGGCCAAGGAUGGUGAUGAAGCUAAGAGUCAACCGGACGACCGUCAGCAUGAUCAAGACAAUUCCGCUCCUGAUGUAGGAGCCGACGAUGAUAUCGUUGAGGAACAGCAAGGCGGAGACGGGCAGGAGGCUGACAAUGGUCCGGAAGGCGCUCCUCUUGACGAGCACGUCAGAGAAGCCGAUACCCUGGACCUACCAGAUGACAUGGACCUCGACGCAGGGAAGGAUAACGAUCAACGGGGCAUGGAUGAUGACCUCAGUCUUGACGAAGGCGACGAGCCGGACGAGGAGACCAUGCCGGGCGAGGACGAUCCUGCCACAGAGCCUCCUACCGCGGAUGAAGCGGACAACCAGCAGCAUAUGGACGAUCUCAACCAAGCUGUCGAUGAUACAGUCGACGAGAAAUUCCCGGUAGACGAAGAGGGUCAAGGGCUAGUCGCAAAACCUGACCUUCGUGGAGAUGGUCAGGAUCCCGGACAAGCGCGGGGUGCAUCUUCUACCGAAGCUGACGAGAUGGCCAUGGAUGUUGACGUUGCUGCCCAAGAGCAUAUGGUACAAGGUACAGGCCGUACUCAACAAUCCAUGGAUACACCGCAGGAAAUGGCGACGGAACAGAACUCGGACGAGGCCCCAAUACAUAGUCCACACGGCGAGGGAGGCGAUUCUGCCCCAACUACACAGUCCCAGCAAGGUGGAGCGCCGUCUGCACCUCGCACGCAACUCGAUGCCAACCCGCUGCGUAGCCUCGGCGAUGCACUGCGCGAGAUUAGCCGGCACCUGGACGAUAUCCUGGAGAGUACGAGUUCUACCGAGCCUCCACGGAGUCAUCCCGACGCGCCAGGUCAAAUGGAACAUCUCCAGCCGGACGAUACAGCUGAUCACACGCAAGCCCUCGGACCAGCGAUGCAAGAAGAGGAAAUAGCGAGGCUGAACGAGUUGAAGUUCGCUGCAGAUGAUCCUGACAGACGUGUCUCUACAGCAACACCCGACGAAGAGGCCCCAGUCGAGCAUGUCAUCAACGAACGAUCAUCCUCCCCUCAACACUUGCUUAUGGGAUCCACACCAGCAUCUUGCGUCGAAGGUACGGAACGCGCCUUGACUCAUGCCGAUAUCAGCCCCGAAAUCCCAGGCACCGCCCAAAGCACGUCUGUCGUACCAUCUGAUGGAUCGGUUGCUUCUCAGUCACUUGAGGAAUUAUCAAAGGAGGUGGAAAUCAAGUUGAAGGAGUGGCAAGCAGACGGGCAACCUUCAGGGAGAGCCGGUGAUGUCUGGCGGCUCUACGAGUCGUUGACGCAUGAUCUGUCCUACGCACUCUGUGAGCAGCUUCGGCUCAUCCUAGAGCCCACUCAGGCGACACGAUUGAAAGGCGACUACCGGACUGGCAAGCGGAUCAACAUGAAAAAAAUCAUUCCAUACAUCGCUAGCGAGUUCACAAAGGACAAGAUCUGGCUUCGACGUACCCGGCCGAGUCAAAGAGAAUACCAGGUCCUCAUAGCCCUUGAUGACUCCCGGUCGAUGGCCGAGUCGCAUUCUGUGCACCUGGCCUACGAAACACUCGCGUUGGUCUCCAAGGCGUUGAGCAGACUCGAGGUCGGUGAUAUUGCCAUUGCGAAGUUCGGAGAGUUAGUCGAAGUACUGCACGGCUUUGAAGGGGGACCGUUCACGGACCACGCGGGUGCCAGGAUCAUCGAUGCCUUCCACUUCGACCAGAAGGCGACGCAGGUGCUCUCACUCGUCGAGAGUAGCAUAGAAAUGCUGGAACGGGCAAAGGAACGCCGUGCGAUGGGCUCUGCUUCAGCAGCGGACCUUUGGCAGCUAGAGAUCAUCAUCUCCGACGGGAUAUGUCAAGAUCACGAGAAGUUGAGAACGGUAUUGCGAAAAGCAGAGGAGCAGCGCAUCAUGGUCGUGUUCAUCAUCCUUGAUUCUCUGCACGCCCGCAGUACUGUGGACGCAUCGAGCACUGCGUCCAGUCAAGGACAGGAUUCUAUCCUGCAAAUGAACCAGGUCGCGUACAGAAAUGUCGACGGCCGGAUGGAUCUGCAUGUAGAGCGCUACCUGGACACCUUCCCAUUCGAGUAUUACGUCGUGCUGAGGGAUGUGGAGGCGUUGCCAGACGUUUUGGCUGGAACAUUGAAGCAGUUUUUCGAGAGGAUAGCAGAGGAUUAG